UGAUUCAACUCUACUAGGUGGCAACUGAUUCAGCUCUGCUUGGUGGCAACUGAUUCAGCUCUGCUUGGUGGCAACUGAUUCAACUCUGCUUGGUGGUGACUGAUAACUUUUCUGGACAGCCGUUGAUUCAAUUCUACUGUAUAGCCACCGAUUCAACUCUACUAGGUGGCCACUUAUUCCACUUUAGUGGUGGCCAGUGAUUCAACUUUACUGAGUGGCCACUAAUUCCUCUCAAGUGGGUGGGAAGUGAUUCAACUUUACUGAACAGCCAUUGAUUCAAUUCUACUGGAUAGCCACUGAUUCAACUCUCCUGGAUGGACAUUGAUUCAACUCUCCUGGAUGGACAUUGAUUCAACUCUCCUGGAUGGACAUUGAUUCAACUCUACAGGAUGGCUUCAAAUUCAACUCUACUUGACAGUAUUUGUUUCAGCUCUAUUGAACAGAGUUAAACUCUUCUGCAUGGCUACUAAUUCAACUCUACAAGAUGGCCACCCAAUUCAACUCAGUACGGUUAUAAAUGUUCAACUGAACUGGUUGGCCACUGAUUCUACUGUACUAAAUGGCCACCGAUUCAACUUUAUUGGACAGUGAAUAAUCCAAGUCAACUGGACGGAACCUGAUUCAAUUCUAUGGAAUGCAACUGAUUCAACAAUUAUAGACAACCACUGGUUCAAAUCUACUGAACAGCUUCUGAUUCAACUUACUGGAUUUCUCCAUUGAGGUUUACAGAUAUGUGUCAUUGACAACCGGUGGCCUUUGGUAGGGAGGCAGUGUGAGAAUGACUGUCGAAGGCAGCAGCGUGCUACAAAGGCAGUGAUUCCUGGACGUAGGAGUCAGCAGCAGUCGUUCGUGCUUCAGGACGAGAGAUAAUUACGAUGAGAAUGGAUGUUGUUAUAGGCUUACGAUGUGACUUCUCUUUCUCCAUUGACUGAAGUAUGGGGUGCACCUCUGCCAAAACUGUGGCCCCAGAGGAACCUACCACAAAAUCAGAAAAAGUGAUUCGCUCGGCCAUCUUGAUACAGAAAUGGUAUCGUCGCUAUAUGGCACGUCUGGAGAUGCGACGGCGAUGUACCUGGAAUAUUUUUCAGUCCAUAGAGUAUUCAGGGGAACAGAAUCAGCUCAAGCUGUACAACUUCUUCACAGACAUGCUGAAACAGAUGACUCCCGACAGGACUGGUCAGCCCAAAAUAUUACAGGCUUUGUCAGACAGCAGCAGACGGCCAAUUAACUGUGAUGUUAGAACCUUAGAAGCAGAAGAUGCGGGUCUCCUCCUCCUGAGCAAUCCUAAUGAUAUUGAGGUUGGGUCUCACUACAGCGGCAUCCACCUGACAUUUCCUUUAAACCAAUCACAACUCCAGGAUCUCAUACAGUCUUUCAAAACGAAAAAGUGUCUACAUGCCAAAUACUUAUUACAACUUCUCCAUGCCACAAGAACAGCACUCAAGCAGAAAAGCAACAUCAACCAUGCUACCAUUUCCAUCUCUAAACAAAUCACGGUGUGUGGUGACCUUCAUGGCAAACUCGACGACCUCUAUAUGGUCUUCCAUAAGAAUGGUUUGCCUUCAGUUGACAAUCCAUAUGUCUUUAAUGGAGACUUCGUCGACAGGGGGAAUAACUCUGUUGAGAUAUCUGUGAUACUUUUUACAUGUUUUUUGCUGCAUCCCAAUGAAGUGUAUAUCAACCGUGGUAACCAUGAGGAUCACAUCAUGAACCUACGGUACGGCUUCGUGAAAGAAGUCAACAAGAAAUACUCAGUCCAUGCCAAUAGCAUCCUUCGACUUUUUGAAGACCUGUUCAGUUGGUUGCCCCUGGCAACCAUUAUUGAUGACAAGGUGCUGGUUGUCCACGGAGGGUUCUCCAACACAACAGACCUGGACCUCAUUGCCAAGCUUGACAGACACAAGUUUCUGUCCACCCUACAUCCAUCUCGGGGGUUUGAUGAUGAAAAUCUGACAGAAAUGGAACUACUGGAAUGGAAACAGGUUCUGGAUCUGCUGUGGAGUGAUCCACGAAUGCAAGAUGGCUGUCUUCCUAACACAUUCCGAGGAGGAGGAAGUUACUUUGGGCCGGAUGUUACCACAAUGAUCCUAAACAAGCAUAACUUACAACGACUCAUACGUUCUCAUGAGUGCAAGGUCGAAGGAUAUGAAUAUACUCACAAUGAUAAGGUCCUGACGAUAUUCUCAGCCUCUAACUAUUACGAGGUUGGCAGCAACAAAGGUGCUUACAUCAAGCUGACCGGUCCAGAUCUGUCAUGUCACAUUGUCCAGUAUAUGGUCAACAAACACUCCACCAAACGCAAAAUCACCUUCACCAAAAGGAUUAGCCAGGUGGAGAAGAUAGCCAUGAGGGACCUCAAGAGGAAGAUCCUAGGCUGUCAGACAGAGCUGAUGACUCACUUUACAUCACAUGACCCAGAAACUACAGGUAUGAUCUCAGUGAUAGAGUGGUGUAAUGUACUGGAGGGAGUGAUGCAGAUGGAGUUGCCAUGGAGAACGAUGCGACCUCACCUGGCGAAGUGUGAUGUUAACGGUGCUGUCCUCUACAAGACCACAUUCAAUGACAUGAAGCUGUAUCAUGGAUUUACUGAGGGCGGUCACAGUAUCACAGAGAUGCUGUACAGGAACAAGGACAGUCUGGAGACCAUCUUCAGGAUCUUUGAUAAAGACAAUUCAGGUACGAUUUCCAUGGCAGAGUUUGAGGAAGCUCUCGAUGUGAUGAUUAACACCCAAGAGAUAUCUGUAUCACAUGACCAAAUCAAAGACAUUGCUCAUAGUCUUGACUUAAACAAGGAUGGAUUCAUUGACUUCAAUGAAUUUUUAGAAGCUUUUAGAAUUGUUGAUCCAUAUGGGAAGGAUACUCGUAAAAGUUUGUCCUGCAACUCAGAAACAGACUCCAUAGGAACUGAUGACUGUGAGCGAAGCACACCAUGCUUGAGGUCCGACGAACCAAAAUCACGCAAAAUAUCUAAACUCUGUGACAUUGAGGAAAUGGAGAUAUCCGAAGCAUAACAUUAAAGACAUCAGAGUUAUAGAGAGCUCUGAAAAAAAAAUCUCCAAUGCCUGGUUCAAGUGCUAUUUCUUUUGAAGCAAAAAUUUGAAGGUUUUUAAAGAAUGAACUGUUGAUCUCCAAUGCGUCAUCUCUAUGACAUCUAGGAAUUACCAUAUUAUCCUUCAAUAAGCCGAGAGGACCCACAUAAAAUUUCAGACACAAAGUCAGUGACUAGGGCUAUUGCAGCAUGUUCAGGACAAUGAAAUAGAGGUUAUGCUAUUGACCAAUAAAAACAUGGGUGGGCUUAUUAUCAAGCAUGGGUGUAUUGCUGGAUAUAUUUGGUACAGGAUUAAUCCUUGGUGUCUCAAAAUCAAGUGAUCUUUGCCAGUCUUUAAAAAGAGAUUAUUCUCCUCAAUAACUAUUCAUAUAAUAAUACACAAUAAUAUUUUUAUACACUAUGUUAUAUAUAUGUUGUUUUUUUGUUGAUUUAAACUAUUAAUGAUUUUGUACAAAUUUAAUGUAUUUAUUUCAAACCUCUUAAAUUAUUCUUCCUUGUAUCAUUAAAUGACCAAAUCCUUCAUAUCCUUAAUAUAUAAGUGAAAAAAUCAGAUUGGAUUAACAUUUAUAAGCAUAAAAAUGGUUCUUCAAAGUUACACUAAUGUAUGAUAAGUAAUAAUGUUUUUGUCUGAAGUCUCUAGAGUAAACAAUUUGUAUACAUAAAUAUGUCUUGUUAUAGUGUACCAAGUUAAGUAAAAAAACUUCUUUUAUGGUAAAUAUCUCUGCAAAACUGGCAUGAACCAGUCAAAAAAUGUAACUUUGGAGAAUACAUGCAUCAAAGAUAUUCCUAUUACAAAUAUUAAAGCUGGCUCAGCGAUCAUGAAAUUUUCUUAACUAUUUUUUUCUCAACUAAUCACACAUCAUUGGUAACCUACAGUCGUCUUGUUACAUGUCUCUUUACUUACUAAUUUUACAUAUAUGACCUUAAUUUUAAUAAAGCUCACUGUGAUUGGUUAAGUCAAAAAAGAUAAUUUUAUAUCGGAGAGAUCGUUUCAUGAUCCUGGGCCAGGGGAAAUAACUCUUACAAAUCAGUCCCAAAGAAGCAAAUGAUAUUAGACUCGUCUGACACAAGAAAAGUUAAAAUGUAUGAUAUGGUCAUUGUUUGAGAAUAGAUUUGAUACGUGUACAUACAAGUUAUUUAUGCUUUGAUGUAAGAUGUGUUUUUAUCAAGUCCCAGUGAGUGGUUUAUGAUUUGAUGAGAGGAGCCAAACCUAUUUUCUGAUUGGACGAGAGUUCGAGGAGCCUAACAUAUUUCUGAUUGGAUGAGUGGAGACUAGUUUCUGAUCUUCUGCUUGGAUUAGAGAAGCCAGUCAGCUUUAUGAUUUGAUGAGUCCUGGUUCUGAUUGGAUGAGAGGAGUCCAACCUAUUUUCUGAUUGGAUGAGAGGACCCUAGAUGCGACUGGUUAAUGAGAUGUGUGUGACAUAAUCAGUAUUUAUCCAGUCCCAGAGGAAGUCUUUUAUAUUUUUGUGGAAUAAUGGAUGAUUGUUAUCAAUAUAUUCUUCCCUAUGUGAUUCAAACAAGUUAAUUUCAAACUAUACAUUUUUUCUACACUACUUUUGUUCAUGUAUCACAUUUUUUGUCGGCCAGAAAAGUCUCUCUUAGCAAAGAGGACUUAGAAGUUAUCUUUAAUACAGGUUGUUCCCGUGCCCAGGUGGUCUUUACAGUGUUUUAUGAUACAGGUGACCAAUGACCGCUGGUUUCUUAAAAUAUGGUCCAAUGAUACAAGCAAUCUCUGACUUAUAUAAAGCAGUCUCUUUGUUGUUUGCCCAAAUUAAAUGCAAUGUGCCCUUACAUGGACAAAAGUCGAGUAAAAAAAAUUGUUAACUUUUCUUUUACAACAAUUGUUCAAAAAAAAGUUAAGAGCAACUUAUCAUAUAGCCAGUUGUUUGUAACAUCCGACAGUCGGACACAGGAAUCGAACCCUGGCCAUCUAGGUGAAAAGCAAGUGUGUCACAGCUGUGCUACCCGACACAAACAGGGUGUGCCUAAUACUACCGUUAAAAGGACAAAAAAAAUUCUCGUUUCUUUAACAAAAUAUACUUAUUAAACAUGAAUCUGAAAGUGUAUAUAAGCAUGUUUUUUAAUCACUCAUUUAUGACCUUUAUCUAGAAUAAAGGCUUUUACCGCCAUUUUUUAUUGUACUUCCUUCGAUUCUUUUCAAUGUUAAAACCAAACAAAAUUUUGAUGACUCCCAAUAAAUUUUUUCUUACAUCAACACGUCUUGUAUCCUUUGUGUUGGUAAAUUUUUCCGGUGUUCAGAAAUUUCAUGGUAAUAUAUUCUAUUUUACAGGCAAGUAAUGUUUUAAGUCUUAAAUACAAAGUCAAUAUUUUUAAGUUUGAAGGGCAAUAAGUUAUACACUGUACAUUAUUCUGUAGAAAUUUUUUAUGAGUUGCGAAAACAUAUUACUCCAUGCAACUUAUCUUCAAGUGGAAGUUUCAAUCCAACCAGGACUGCUUAUACCGAUGGGGUAACAAAAUCUUACACACUACACAGCUCAUCUAGUCGUGACACUUUUUUGUCAUAUUUGAUGUAGUGAUGUCAUGAUUAAAAUUAUGCCCACGCAUAACCAACAAGGGAGGAAAUUCACUCCAAUGAAGAUUUCAGAAUAGUUCCCAUCACUUUUGGAUAUAAAGAAUCUAUUAACUGUACAUGUGAUCCAGCUUUCUCUUACCCUGGACAGGUACAUCCAUAUGUUGGUUAAGAUUGCUAUAUGCUCAUCAUAUAGCACCAAUAUAUACAAUAUUUAUUGUACCGUACGAAUAUAUGAAGACGUUUUAUUUUAAAAACAUUCUUUAGAGUAUCAAGCACAAUUAUCGGAUAUCACUUUACCUGCACAUGUCAUAAAUGAAUUGUUCAUCGGGAUGUCUCUCACGAAGCCGACUUGGAGAAAAUGUGAAACCACAAAAUGUUGCUAGUUUUACCAAUAUAGGAAGUGAAAAUAUGCAACACUUCAGUAAAAUGACCAGUUUCAAAAAUUUUGAUUAUUACCAACUGCAUUUGAGUGCAAUAUUCAUCAUAUUCCAUCAACUUUCAGAAUUUGUUUUUUUUAUAUUUAUUAUCAAAACAUCUAGAAGUUAUCUUGAAUGAAGAUGGCCACUGAUACAUGGUAUGGAGAACUAUCUUGUUCGUGGUCAUGUUCUUACGUAGAUCAUGUAUUAAAGUGUUCUUGUACCACUCUUAUGUCACCUUAACGAUUGCACCCAUAGGACACCCAGCGAUCUCUUCAAAUAAAGACAAAGAUUCCAUUUUAUUUUAAUUAAAAAGUUUUAUAUGUAAAAUUCAUUAUCUACACACAAAUUUAAAUAUAUAAUAAUCAUGAUGAAAUAAUCCCUAAGUCAACAAUAUGAUGGGAAUGUGCUGCCCUCUGUUACUGUAAAAACAUGCCCCCUUUAUAGGGUUCUUACUUCAUCUGCCGCACCAGAUAAAAAUUUACAUUUUCACCUCAUCAUGCGAUUACACUAAAAGACAUUCAUCCCAUACAAAGCAUUCAUAAAAAUAAAUUUAACACAAUCAUACAUAAUUUUUGUUCAAAGUUUACAGACAUCAGCAAACACACAUGAUCACUUUAGUAACAUCCUCAGAAGACAGAAUAAAGACAACAGUAAAAGUUUGUACAGAGAGCAACAGUAUGUACACAGGUGCUAACAGAAUGGCAGAAAAGAGGCAUGGAUAAAUAAAGACAAUCACAAUGAUACAUUAUGGGGUAAAAAAUACUUAUGAAUAAUGAGAAUCAUUUCUGACUAUGAUUGAUGUUCCUACAAAUUUGUUCUUCGUUCCCAAUGAUAUUAUACAUGUUGAUAGCAGCCUUUUGGGUUUUACACCAGAUAACCAUAUGUGUCAUGAUGGUAAAUGAUCAGAUUAAAAUAAAUAAGAA